AUGGCACGUACGAAACGUGCCAAGGUGGUCUCGUUGACACAGACUAAAGCCAAGACUAGGGAGCACAAGGAGAAUAUUAUUGAAAAUGUGCGUGAUGCGGCCAACCAGUAUUCCUACAUUUGGGUGUUUGCGGUUAGCAACAUGCGCAAUGCCUACCUCAGUGAGGUGCGUUCGCUGUGGAAUGGCUCGAAGAUUUUCUUUGGCAAGCUGCGUGUAAUUGCUAAGGCAUUGGGAGAGACGCCGGAGGAGGAAAUUCGUCCAGGUAUCGGCAAAAUCGCGCAACGUCUCCGUGGAAAUGUGGGCCUUCUCAUGACCGACUCGCCGCCAGCGGAGGUGCUCGAUUGGUGCAGCGACUACCGCCGUCUUGACUAUGCCCGAAUGGGAAACCGCGCAACCGAGACCAUUAAGCUAUCGGCAGGCCCAGUGCAUUGCCGGACAGAUCCUCCCGAGACACUUCCGCACAGCAUUGAGCCACAACUUCGCGCCUUGGGAAUGCCCACACAGCUAAAGAUGGGUGUGCCUACCCUUCUCGAGGAGUUUACCGUGUGCAAGAAAGGCGAGAAACUCACAGCAGAGAAGGCCCAAAUCUUAAAGCAUUUGGUAAUCCAGAUGGCACACUUCCGCCUCAUCCCCUUGGUAUACUGGUCCGCUGUCGGCGCACCAGGCGAGGACAGUGAAGGCGCAGUGGUCGACCUGCCCCUCUCAGAAGAAGAUCGCGAGCUUGUGGAAACCUCCAAUGCCAUCCUCGAACCAAAGGCCAGUCGCGCCGCGGACGAGAGGAAGCACAUGGACGAAGAUGGGGACGAGGAUGAAGACGACGACGGCAUGGACGAGCCCAACGAAUUCGAUGCGAUCGAGGCCCGCGACAAGGCAAUGAUGCUCCCGGAGGGCAUGCAGUUAUAG